UGUCAUAUUUUAUGGGCCGUGUGGCCAGUUAUAUGAACUCUGCCCCAAAACCGAUUCAAGCCCCCCAAUUUUCCUCGACACAAUUCAAAAUCCCCAACUGAAUAUCCUUCCCUGCUCAUACGAAAAUGGUUCAAUCCAAAAAAAUAUUUUCAAAUCUCUAUUUAUAAGAUAGCUAUCCUUCUGUCCGGCUCGGCGGAACUCUAACACGGCGGCGGCGGAGGACGGCGAAGUUACGGUCUUUUUCUUCGGCAUCAUUGAAAACCCUAAGUAUAAGUAAACCCUAGCUACACAUUGUUUUUGUCAAGAGCCCUUAACAUGGCUGGACCAAUUCGGGAGCAAGCCCUACCGCUACUCGCGGCCGCUAAUAACCACGGUGAUUUGUCAGUAAAGCUAUCUUCGCUGAAGCAACUGAAAGAAAUAUUGUUAUCGGCAGAGCCAUCCCAAGUUGCUGAGCUUCUCCCUUAUUUAAUUGACCUUCAGUCUUCGCCUGAAAGUCUCUUACGCAAAUGCCUCAUUGAGGUUAUAGAGGCGGUUGGGCUGAAAGCAAAGGAACAUUUGUUGGUUUUAAUGCCCGUAUUAUUUGCAUGCUUAAAAGAUAUGAAUUCAAUGGUGGCAAAGCAAUCAAUUGUAUCUGGCAUGAAAAUCUUUUGUGGCAUAUUGGAGGAAUUAUCAUCUCAGUUUCACCAGCAUGGUAUAGUUGAAAGGUGGCUUGAAGAGCUCUGGACAUGGAUGGUCAAAUUCAAGGAUGCUGUCUUUGGCUUUAUUUUUGAGGCAGGCCCUAUUGGUACGAAAUUGCUGGUGUUGAAGUUCCUUGAAACAUAUAUUCUACUUUUCACAUCGAUUGAUUCAGAAAAAUCUGGAGCACAAGCUAAACAUGGAUGGACUUUUAAUGUUUCAUGGGUAGUUGGUCAUCACCCUGUUCUUGAUCCAGCGUCACUUACAUCAGAUGCAAAAAAUACUGUUGGUACUCUAUUGGAUUUGUUGCACUCAGCUAGCUCUCUCCCUGGUUUACUAACCAUAUCCAUCAUUAAUAGUUUGUCCGUUAUAGCAAGGAGGCGACCUAUCCAUUAUAACCGCAUUUUGUCAGCGUUGCUUGAUUUUGAUCCAAACUUUGAGAUGACAAAGGGUGGACAUGCUGCCAGCAUUCAGUAUUCUCUGAGAACUGCCUUUCUAGGAUUCCUGAGGUGUACACAUCCUGCCAUUUUGGAGUCAAGAGAAAGAUUGUUGAAAUCGUUGCGAGCAAUGAGUGCUGGUGAUGCUGCUGAUCAAGUUCUUCGGCAACUCGAUAAAAUGAUCAGAAAUAAUGAGCGAGUUUCACGUGAUUCUAGAUUGAAUAAGGAUGAGCAGUUAUCAAAUCACUUGCCCAUUUCAGGUGAUCCAGCCAAGAAGAGGUCAAAUCCAUUAGAUAAUGAAGAUCCAUCUAAUAACUAUGAUUUAACUACAAAAAGGGUUCAUUAUGGCCCGAAUAAUCACAAUCACGCAGCUCCAGUUGAGAGAAAUGAUUCAGGGAAAGAAUAUGUCAAUGGGGUGGACCUAACGGUUGCAAAAAUAAUUGAGAUGAUUGGUGCUUUUCUAGCAGAAGGAGAAAGGGGUGCCAAGCCUCUUGAAAUGCUAAUAUCCACGCUUCAUCCUGAUUUAUUGGCUGAUAUAGUCAUAACUAAUAUGAAGCACUUACCUGAAAAUUCCCCUCCUUUUGCAACGGUUGGAAGCUUUUCAUUAGCUCGGGCAAGUGAUUCUACUAAUCUAUCCCAAAUUAUGGCACCAAUUGAUUCCUCAUUAGGCCAACAGGCUUGGGUUCCUGGAUCCCAGACACCCAUCUCUUUAUCAACUGCUACAAGCAGUUCAUUUCCAGAAAUGCUUACUUCUGCAAGUCUCCCUUUAGAUUCAAAACGUGAUCCUAGAAGGGAUCCACGGCGCCUUGACCCAAGGCGUACAGCUGUGGCUGUUGAAGUAUCACCACCACUUGUUGCAGAACAUAACACAAGUGCUAUGCAAUCUGCAGUGCUGCAAUCUGAAAUAAAUUCUUCCAGUUCAUCUAAUGUUGAAAUUGCAGUACCCUUGAUGUCAACUUCUGAAUGUAUGCCAAUGGCGUAUCCUAAGAUGGAAACCGACUCUAUCAUUGCUGAAAGUUCACCAGGAACAAUAGUUGGUCUGUCAGCUCCCAAAGAGGAAGUUCAUGUUGAAGACCUGAAUGAAGCUAUUCCUGAUCACAAGUUGGAUGCUGCAACACAUGUUCCACUAUUAUCUCCUGGCAAAGUAGAAGCGGAAUUGGUUCCAGAAAUUCCAUCUGAAGUUGGAGUAACAAAUGAAAUUUACUCUCCUUUGUUAGAAACAGAUCAACUUUCUCCCCCUAUUUCAACUGCUGCAACUCCUGAAGAGGCAUGUGAGGACUUGCCUGCAAUUCCAGCAUUCAUUGAGCUGACUUAUGAGCAGCAAAGAAAUAUAGGAACACUGGCUGUUGAACAGAUAAUUGACUCAUACAAAAAAUUAAAAGAGACUGACAAUAAGCAUACAGGAAUGGCAUUACUUUCUCGGUUAGUUGCCCAGAUUGGUGCUGAUGCUGAUGCUCAUGUAAUUGUGAUGAUCCAAAGGCAUAUUUUCUCAGGCAACCAACACGAGAAGGUACAUGAGCUUGCAAUGCAUGUACUUUAUCAUUUGCACUAUCUCAUGCUAUCGGAUUCAGUUGAAAACAUUCCACCUGCUGCUGCUCUAUAUGAGAAAUUCCUCCUCAGUGCGGCAAAAUCAUUGCUGGAUUCUUUACCAGCCAACGACAAGUCAUUUAGUAGGCUCCUCGGUGAAGUUCCAUAUCUACCUGAAUCUGUGAUGAGACUGCUAGUAGAUUUAUGCUCUGAAAAUUAUCUUGGGAACGAUGGUCGUGAUGGUGACCGUGUAACUCAGGGCCUUGGUGCAGUUUGGAGUUUAAUUUUGGGGCGCCCCCCUAAUCGUCAAGCAUGCCUGGAUAUAGCUCUGAAGUGUGCUAUUCACCCUCAGGACGAUGUCAGAGCAAAAGCUAUUCGCCUGGUGGCAAACAAACUUUACGUGGUUGGUGACAUUUCAGAUAAUAUUGAGCAGUUUGCUAAGAAUAUGUUAUUGUCAGCUGUAGAUCAGCAUGUCACAGAUGCAGAAUAUUCCCAGUCUGGAACUAUGGUUCAGAGAACAGGAGAGACAGGAAAUCAGGAAGCCUCAGUUAGUGGUUCUCAGAUUUCAGAGCCAGGAUUCUUUGAAAAUGAUUUUGUUAAGUCUGCAGCAUCUGAUUCUCAAAGUGAUUCAGAGUUGUCUUUAGCUCAAGCUCAGCGGCUUAUCUCAUUAUUUUUUGCUCUAUGCACUAAGAAAUUCAGUCUUCUCCACCUUGUAUUUGAUACCUAUGAACGUGCUCCUAAGGCAGUUAAGCAGGCUGUUCACCGGCAUAUGCCUGUUCUUGUUAGGGCUAUAGGCUCUUCAUGUUCUGAACUGCUUCAUAUAAUAUCUGAUCCACCACAAGGCUGUGAAAAUCUUUUGACACAGGUGCUUCAUAUUCUCUCUGAAGGGACAACUCCUCCGCCUGACUUAGUUGCAGUUGUCAAGCAGUUAUAUGAAACUAAACUGAAGGAUGCAACUGUUCUGAUUCCAGUGCUCUCUUCAUAUUCGAAGAGUGAGGUUCUACCUAUUUUCCCAAGGCUUGUUGCUCUCCCACUGGAUAAAUUUCAGAUUGCCCUGGCUCGGAUAUUACAGGGUUCCGCCCACACUGGUCCAGCACUGACCCCAGCCGAAGUGCUGGUUGCAAUACAUGAUAUAAAUCCCGACAGGGAUGGCCUUCCGCUAAAAAAGAUAACAGAUGCUUGCUCAGCUUGUUUUGAGCAGCGGACUGUUUUCACGCAACAGGUCCUGGCGAAAGCCUUGAGACAGAUGGUUGAUCAGUCUCCUCUCCCGCUGCUCUUCAUGAGGACAGUGAUUCAAGCCAUUGACGCUUUUCCUACUCUGGUUGAUUUUGUGAUGGAGAUACUCUCCAAACUUGUGGUUAGACAGGUAUGGAGGAUGCCAAAGUUGUGGGUGGGAUUCCUAAAAUGUGUCUCACAAACGCAACCACAUUCCUUUCCUGUACUACUACAGUUGCCACCACCGCAGCUUGAGAGUGCUCUAAACAAAUAUGUUAAUCUCCGAAGUCCAUUGGUUGCCUUUGCAAAUCAGCCAAAUGUUAAAACUUCACUCCCUAGAUCAACCUUGGUACAACUUGGUCUUUUUAAUGAACCAAGUUUGCAGCAACCACAUCUCUCAUCUACUGUGCGUGCCUCAGAGACAGGUGCUUCUGUUCAUGGAACAACACUAACAUGAUAGUGCACUUUCUUAAAGGAAAGAAGCAGUGAAGUAAUACAUGGCGUAGGCACCAGGGCUACUGCACCCCUUCUUAAAGGAAAGAAGCAGUGAAGUAAUACAUGGCGUAGGCACCAGGGCUACUGCACCCCUUAUUGCAACAAUGUGCUAUGAUUCUCCAGGGUCUGCGUAAAUUGUGGCUAGUAUCUACCUCCGUUAGAAGUCAGGCACAACCUGCUGGCAACAAGAUGGCUGUGGCCAAAAGGUUUUGAGGAGAGAUCUCCCUUUGGAGAAUGUAUCAUAAGAUGUCAAUUUCCUCGUGGUUUUUUACCUGCUAUCUGUUUGUCAUUCAUUAAAUUGUUGUUUAAUUUGUGUGCCUGCAGGCAUCAGUUGAGGUGUCUAGGCAACCAAUUUGUGUUUUGGGGAGUAGCAUAGCUGGUAGGUCAGGUUAUUUAUAAACUUUUGUAUGAGAGGGAGGCGAGCCGGAAGUGUGUAAUUGUACUAUAGUUUUAUAGCCCCAUCCCACUUCCCCCUCUCCCUCCCCCCCAA